GUCGCAUGAUAGUGACGUCAGUACGGAUGUGCGGUAGAAGUGUCCGAGUGUUUACUUUUCUAUUUAACAUUUUUUUCUGAAUGUUGGCUUCUCUGAAUUUACACAUGUGAAGGCACACCACUGGGAAGUCACCUCAGCAGUGAUGUCUCCAACCAUGCCUCAGAUAAGCGAUCCAAAGAUUGCUUUCGCCUACCUGCGCCCGGCUUGUGUCCUGCUGACCCGCCAGCCAACUCUCAAAAAUGUUGAGACCUUAAGCGGCCAGUUACAAGACAUUGACGAUGCUACUUUGCAGCAGCUCCAAGAGUAUAUCCUCUUCCCGCUUCGCUUUGUGCUAAAAGUACCCGGGCCCAAGAAUGACAAACUGGUGCAAGCUGUGGUUGAAACCAUGAGACACGUUCUGCAGAACACUUGUGUUCAAAACUUGGACACACUCAGUGAGCUUAUCUCAGAGCUUUGUCUCUGCCUGUGUUCCCCAGCCAAUCCUGGAAGACCUGCAGAUGUUUCAGAGGAGCUGAAGUUAACGGUGCUGGGAUGCCUGGAAGCUUUGAUUCAUGCCGCUUACGGUGAUAUCAUCUUUAAACUCUUUGAAACCGCAAUGCUGCCGAGGUUGGGUGCAGCCAUUUCACUGCUACUGGCGUUAGCAGAGAAGGAGAAAUCCCGAGAUAUUCAGACAGCAGCCUUGAAAAGCCUUCAGGUUUUGGCUCUUCAGUGUGAUUGCAGUCAGGAUCAUGUCGUACCAUGCUCCGAGGAAACAGAAGUUUUAGGCAAUAGCAUGGCGUCAUUUUUGCCUGGAAUCACCAUGGCCGUUGCCAGGAUCAUUACAGGAGAUGUGAGACAAGGGCAUGGAGUCAUUGUUAGAGCUAUCAAGGUUUGGUCCAGGAUCGUCGGCCUUGUCAUGGAUGACGCUCAACUUCAGUCCAUCGAGCCUCAGAAGUCCCCUUUGGUGGGCGUGGCUAAACUGGAGCAGAUGAUUGUCCAUCGCACGCAGGACUGGGUGAAGAACACCUCGGGGAAGCUGUGCAUGCUCCUGAAGAAGAUCAUCUCAAGCACAGUGGCCCAUCAACACUGGAGGGUUCGUCUGGAGGUGGUGGAGAUGGCGGACCACCUGCUGGGCAGGUGUAGCCAGUGUCUGAGCGAUUGUGUCGGGCUGCUGCUAGAAGCUCUUGUGGGAGCCGUUAAUGAUGAUGAGCCGAGAGUCAGAGAGAGGUGUGAGGUUGCUCUGAGGGAGGCUUCGCAGAAAAAUCAGACAUCUUUGAAUGCCAAAGAUAUUCAAAGUAAAAACAACUGUCAGACCUUCACUGACGUCCUAUCGGAGAACCUCCACUCUUUGUCUACUUCACUGCCAAGACUGAUGCGGACUAGUGAUGACCAGAAGAAGCUGUUUGUCCUUAAUGUCUUCCUGGGUUAUUUAAAGCUGCUAGGACCACUCGUGUCUGUGGUCCUGAACUCAGCCGUGCAUCUCCAGAGGAUUUCUAAAGCUCUGAUGCAGGUGCUGGAGUUGGACGUGAGUGAUGUUCGUAUUGUAGAAGAACGCGGCCACAAUCCCAUAAUAAAAACAAGCUCUGCAUCUCCUCACACCACUCAUGUGCGGAGGAAGCAUUUCCUCUUCUUCACCGAUGAAAAAAUCUUCUCCGUGCUCACAGAGAUCUGUCAGACAUUAGGUUACUACAGUGAUAUUUAUUUGCUGACGGACCACUUUUUGGAUCUGUACCGCCAGUCUUCGGUGUACAGAAAGCAGGCUGCAAUGGUUCUCAAUGAGAUCAUCAGAGGCGCUGCUGGAAAAGAUGAAAAGGGUGAAGUUGGAAAAACGUCGGUUUCGCAGGAAGACGUUAGAUCUGCUGUGAUGCUGGUUAUGGAGGAAUACAUCAUCCUGAACAACUGGCAUCUGACCACCGUCAGUGAGGAGAAUGACAGGGAUGGACAGGACCUACAGCUUCUAAACCCGCCCAGCCUCCUCUCCAUAACCAACACUCAUGACGACUCCCUCCAAGUGGCACCUUCCGCCUCGUCUGUGUCGACCGUCCAUCAGCUCAACAGUAACAUCUGGCAGCUGUGCAUCCAGCUGGAGGGAAUGGCAUGCUUCGCUCAGGCCCUGCGGGGUGACUUCCGUCCCCUGCUUAUGACAUCACUGUACCCUGUCCUUGAGAAAGCAGGGGAAGAGACACUACUCAUCAGCCAAGCAGCACUGGACUCCAUGUGGGACAUCAGUAAGGCCUGCGGCUACUCGUCUCUGAAGGAAAUGAUUAAUGACAACUCCGACUACUUGCUAAACGACAUCUCCCUCAACCUGCAGAGGCUUGGCCAGCAUCCACAGGCUCCUCGCGUGCUAACGGUGAUGUUGACUCACUCCGACUGCACUUUGCUGCCGCUGGUGCAAGACAUUGUUCAGGACGUGUUGACGGCUCUUGACCUCAGCUACGACCACACCGCCGCUAUCUUCUGCUCCGUACUGCACGCCCUCAUGAAGGCGCUUGCAAGAUGGUUUCCCCCAAGUCCUAGCAGGACCAAAGAAUCUAGCAGAUCCAAGCAGACCUCCACCAAACAGGAAGUUUUCAAUAUCCAGCAGUUCCUAGUGGACUACCGCAAACAGAAAGCACUGGCAGAGGGGAUUGGAAUCGAACAAGAUGACAUUGAUGGCGUUGAUGACAUUGAGAUUCCUCCCCCUACCGAGACAGAGGAGGACGAUGACGGUAAUGGUCCUGAUGUCAAAGUGGAUCUUCCAAUGCACCUCAGAAUCACCAAAGAUGUGAUGGAGCGAUGUAUUCAUCUGCUGUCAGACUCAAAUCUCCGGCUACGACUGAAGGUGCUGGAUGUGCUAGAGCUGUGUAUUCUUUUACUAAGUGAGAAGGAAGAUGAGUUAUUGCCCAUGGCCCAUCGCUGUUGGCCCGCCCUUUUGCAGAGAUUGACAGCUGAUGACCCACGAGCCGUCCUCAGAGCAUUUAGGGUUCUGUGUACAUUGGGUGGCACAUGUGGUGACUUCCUGAGGAGGAGAGUGUCCAAGGAGGUUUUGCCAAAGCUGAACUCCUUGCUUGCACAGCAGGCUCCCAUCAGUGCCAAGGCCGGACCCAUCUACACUCACACACUGGCCUACAAACUGCAGCUGGCAGUACUGGAGGGGUUGGGGUCCCUGUGCCAGAGCUUGGACUUGGCUGAAGCAGACUUGGACCUUGUCAGUGAAGCGUGUCUGCCCUACCUUAGCUGCAGACAACCCAUCAGACUCCAACAGGCCUGCUUGAGUGUUUUCCACCACUUGAUCCAAGUGGACCCGGAUGCCGUGUGGUUCACCUUAAACGAGCUCCACUGCCCGUUCUCCUACAUACCACCGCACUUGGACCUGAAGCCUGUGCAGUUGAGCGGGAUGGGCCGACCCAGAGACGAGUACUCGGAUAACGUCCUCAAACUACUCAGAGAGGAGUUUGACCAACCAGAAUGAUUGAUUAUGACUCUAAAUGACUCCUGACUGGCAUAUAUAUCAAUAAUUAUGAAGGUGCUAGAUGUUGUAUGCACUUCUGAUGAAGACACAGCAAUGUUUUAACCGUCGAGAAAACCUUGCAAUGUUACCAUGUGUAUUCAAUUGAAUUAUAUUCAUUGGAGAAUUAUAUGCUAACAGAUUGCAAUUGCAUUUUUGUGCUUAAUUUUGAAAAAUCAUUAUGCUGCAAUGCGUCCACAGAAAUGAGAAGAACGAUAUUGUUGGCCGGGAGAAGCCGCCCACUGUGGCCCACCGGUUGGAACGACCACAUACUGUCACACAAGGUGAACAAUUGUCCGUGGCUAGCCCAUCAAAGCCACUAUCGCUUCAUGCCAUUCAGCUUGUGUUUAAAUGGAGGAGCAAGAGCCCAGUCCCCCCACCUCCAUUAUCGCAUCACCUCUUUAGUAGAGUGGGGGAGACCCGAAGCCUCCCACCUUGUUGCUCCGUAAUAAAUGUACGAGCCUUUCAGCGUGAGGAAACAAGGGCCGCGCCUUUUUCUAUUUAGGUGGCCUAUCUUAAUGUUUGUAAAUGUGGAGCGUUGUUGCUUCUUUAUCUGCUCGCGUGCUGCUGCUAUUUAUCCUUCUGCCACCGCUGACAAUAGCACCAUUAGUCAUGAUGGUGGCGGUUGGGGGCAGGACGUUGACGGCUCCUAUUACACACGCUUUAAUAGCAGGACGCACAAUAGUACUGGAAUAUCCCGUGUCUAAACUGCUACUUUUUUUAUUGAACUUUGCAGCUUGUACAUCGGUGUGGCAAUGUAUGAAAAUAUCAAUGUAUAUAUGUGAUUUUUGACAAAAACGUAAGGGGUUAGUAUGUCGUUUUUUUUAUUUUUUCAACUUGCUGAAAAUGCACUUUUCUGGUCAAAAAGACAGCGAAAACCUCACACACACUCAACAGGGGGCCCAGAAGAGCCCAAAAAUGGCAUAAAAUGCCAAAGUUUGAGGGUGUCGAUUUUUGAAAAAAACGUAAGGGGUUAGUAUGUCAUUUUUUUAAUUUUUUCAACUUGCUGAAAAUGCACUUUUCUGGUCAAAAAGACAGCGGAAACCUCACACACACUCACAACAGGGGGCCCAGAACAGCC